AUGAGGAUGGGAGACAUUCCAGCAGAGAGAAUCAGAGGUUUUUCACGUUCUUUUACAAUAACGGGCGUAGACUAUGCAGGUCCUUUCCAGGUGCGAGAAAGCAGGCACCGAGGAAAAAUUCAUGUAAGCAAGGGAUACGUAGCUAUUUUUAUUUGCUUUGCCACGAAAGCUGUGCAUCUGGAGAUGGUGACGGAUCUUACUACUGAAGCCUUCCUAGCCGCGUUACAACGCUUUACUGCAAGAAGAGGUCUCUGUGCGCAGAUACACUCCGAUAACGGGACAAAUUUUGUAGGAGCGGCACGAGAGCUCAAGGAGCUUUAUGAAUUCUUGAUGAAGCAAGGAACUAAAAUUGAGACGAAUUUAGCUGAACAGCGGAUUCAAUGGAAGUUUAUCCCCUCUCGCUCGCCCCAUUUUGGCGGUUUGUGGGAAGCGGCGGUUAAAUUGUCCAAACGGCACCUUCUUACUGUGACAUAA